AUGCCUUCAAGAACUUCUCCUGCCGGCUUCAGGCCAUUGGAAGACACUUUACUGUUCAAAAGCGUCAAACUCGGAGGAUUGCAACUUGAACAUCGAGUCGCCCUAGCACCGUUAACUCGUAUGCGCGCAACCCUUCAAGAGUCGAACGGUGUCUAUGUCCCAGGUGAUCUACACGAGGAGUACUAUUCACAAAGGGCCAGUAAGGGAGGCUUACUCCUGACUGAAGCCUGCCCAAUCAGCCGUCUGGCGUGCGGUUAUCCAGGGGUUCCAGGCAUUUUCACUUCCGGCCAGAUCGCUGGAUGGAAACGAGUGACAGAUGCUGUUCACGUCAGAGGAGGAUUCAUCUACUGCCAACUCUGGCAUGUUGGACGCGCGACGGUUCCAUCACUGCUCGAUGGCCACGAUGCUCUCUCUUCAAGCAACAUCCCGCUCGAGGGAAAGGCUUUGGAUGGAUCGGAAUACGCGAGUACUCCACCCAGGGCAAUGACGACCGCCGAGAUCGAGGAAGUAGUUGGCGAAUUUGCGGCCGCUGCUAAGAGAGCGAUGGAAGCAGGCUUUGACGGAGUCGAAAUCCAUGGUGCCAAUGGUUACCUCCUCGACCAAUUUCUACAUGACAACGUGAAUGUCAGAACGGAUGCUUACGGAGGCAACAUCGAAAACAGAUGCAGAUUCCCGCUCGAGGUCAUCAAGGCUGUCGUUGCUGCGAUCGGUGCAGAUAAAGUGGGAAUUCGACUGUCUCCUUACAAUUACUUCCAAGACACCCGAGACUCUGACCCUAAUGCACACUGGGAGUAUCUCUGUGACCAGUUGGUUCAGCUCCCCAAGGAGAUCCGGCUGUCAUACGUGCACAUGGUUGAGCCUCGAUUCGAUGAGGUUCUAGACGAGCAGGCUAAGAUUGCUGCCCUCGCGGAGAGUAAAUCAGCCAAGUUUUCUCUGACACCGUUCCGAGAUAUCCUCAAGACAGGGGAUAUUCGAUUUCUUGCGGCGGGCAACUUCAACCGCGACAACGCAGUAUCAAAGCUGGAGUCUGGCGGCGCCGACCUAAUCAUCUUCGGUCGCUGGUUCAUCUCCAAUCCUGAUCUCCCAGCCAGACUCGCCGAGGGCCUUCCGCUGAACCCAUACGAUCGUAAUACCUUCUACGGUGCCGAUCCGCCAAGCAAAGGAUAUGUCGACUAUCCGGUCUAUAAGCAUGAGCCACCGUCGGGGCAAGUGGUGGCAUGA